AUUAUCAGUUUAAAAAAAAAAUCAAUGUGUUAACAUAAUAAAUUUUACAAUAACAAUUGAGUUUUUCUUCUUUUUUUUUUCUAUUCAUCAAUGAUAUCAUUAUAUAUAAUUAACUAACUCAUCCUGAAACACACAAGGUAAUUUUAACGAUUUGAAAUGUACGUCGCAGGAAUAGCUGGAGCAGCCGUUUUUUAUUCUACUAUAUUGGGUGUAAAUAUCUGGGCUGCUAGUAAAAAAAGAAAAAAAAUUCAAAGUAAAUCGCUAGAUGAUUUAAUAUUAGGAAAUCGUGAUCUUGGAUUGCUUUUAGGAAUUUCAUCGCUUGUUGCAACUUGGACAGGAGGAAUUUUUAUACAUGGUACAGCAGAAGCAAUAUUUAGCAAAAGUUUAGCCUGGUGUCAGAUGCCUCUUGGUUACAGUUUGAGCCUUCUCUUUGGUGGAAUACUAUUUGUUAAACCAAUAAGAAAUGUUGAAUAUGUGACAAUACUUGAUCCUUUUCAACAACAAUAUGGUCCACGAUUUGGUGGUUUACUCUUUCUUCCAACACUUAUGGGUGAUCUUUUGUGGUGUGCUGCCAUAAUUAAAGCACUUGCCAAUACCAUAAGUGUUAUUUCUGAAAUUGAUGGCAACAUUUGUAUCACUGCAGCAUUAAUUCUUAUUAUUAUAUAUACGAUACUUGGAGGGUUUUAUGUAACUUGUGUUGCUGACGCUCUUCAACUAAUUUUUGUCAUAUUCGGAUUGGCAAUAGCAACUCCUUAUGUUAUAUUUAAUCCAGCUGUAGUAUCUUUAGAAAGAUAUUUAAUUAAAAAUAAGGAUUGGCUGGGUGAGGUCACCACAGAAGACCUUGCUGAUUGGAUCGAUCGUUUACUCUUGCUCAUCUUUGGAGGUCUAUCCUGUCAGAGUUAUUUACAGCAAAUUAAGAGUAUUAAAAAUACAUCCACUGCAAAAAUAGUAUCAGUUAUUUCAAUGAUAUGCUGUUUAACAUUAGCUGUACCGUCUGCAUUAAUUGGACUUGUAGCAAGAGAAACUGAUUGGUCUCUAAUUGAAAACUUUAAUCAAACUACUUUAUCUAGCACUAGCUCUAUUUUACCAAUUAUUUUAAAAUAUCUUACACCCCAGUGGGUUUCAUUUAUUAGUCUAGGUACAAUUUUAGCUACCAUUAUGUCAUCUGCUAGUUCAAGUAUUCUAUCAAGUAGUUUCAUCUUCUCUAGAAAUAUUUACAGAAUUACUAUCAGACCCAAGGCGACUGAUAAAGAACUUAUAUGGAUCUUGAGAAUAACUGUCAUCAUUAUUGCUGUAAUAUCUGCAGGGAUUGUUUUCAAUGUUCGUAGUGCAAGUGUUUACUAUCUAUCGUACUUAUCCUCGGACUUGACCUACGUCGUCUUGUUUCCUCAACUACUUGCAGUAAUUUAUUGGCCAUCACUCAUCGAUACUUAUGGAUGUCUUGCAGGAUAUUUAGUUUCAAUAAUUAUGAGAAUAGCAGGAGGGGAGAAAAAAUUGGGUCUUUGGCCUCCAUUAAUAUACUAUCCAUUCUUUGAUCAACAAACUCGGGUUCAAAAAUUUCCCUUUCGUACUGUAACUGUUAUAUCUUCGAUAAUUAUACAAUUAUUUGUAAGUUUUAUUACCAAACGUAUUUUUGGUAAUGGUAAGGGUACUAAUAAAGAUGGAAAUACCAAUGAAAGAAAAAUAUGUUGGCUAAAAUAUUGUGAUUUUCUUGGUGUUUAUUAUUUAUCUGGAAAAAAAGGAUCAAAAAAACAAUCUUGUGUUGCUCAAAGUAGCUCAGGCGCAGCACUUGUUCUAGAUGAUUCUGCUAUUACUCAAGAAGGUUCACUACAUGAUGGAUGUGAUUCUACUGACAGUCAAGAAGAACUAACAGUUGAAUCAGUGAAUCACUAUCAUCAUCAACAGCAACGACAUAAAUCCAUAAUAAACUAUGAGGAUUCAUCAUCAUCCCGACAAAAUGUUUCCAAAGAAUCAAAUAAUAUAAUAGACUUGAGUAAUUUUAAAACCGAUCAUACUCUUCGCCGUGGUAUGAGUGUUCAUAAUACUCCUGUUACUCGAAUAGAUCACAAUCCUUUUCCAAAGAAUGUAACACAAACACCCGGACGUAUUAGUAAUAUUCAUAAUAAUAAUAAUUGCCGUAAGGUAAUCUCGAUUCACCAAUUACAGUCCAACAACAACAAUAAUAAUAAUCAUAAUAUAAAUUCUGGACAAAUUUUGGCUGUAAGAAAUUUAAUACCUAGCACUUGUUAUCUAACCAACAGUGAACCACAUAACAAUAAUAACACUACUCAAAGAAUUAUUAAUAAUAAUAAUAAUAAUAAUAAUAAUAAUAGUAAAGCUACACCAGCGGCAGUAGCUGAUAUGACAUCAUCGUUUUGUAGUACUCCAAGUAACGGAAAAAUUUCACAACAUUUACUUAAUUCUACUGUGAUAUAUGGAAAAUUAGAAAGCAUUGAAAUUAAAAAAGAUAUUGAAAAUAAAUUCAAUGGUGUUAUAGUCGGAGAUCGUACUUCUUUAGAUCUAAACCUAAAUUUAAAUUUAAAUAAUAAUUUUAAGGAAUCAGCUGCAGCCAUAAUCCCAUUAUCAUCCUCAUCAUCAUCAUCAUCAUCAUCAUCUACUGGGAUUGUUAAGAAAAAUGUUGUUGGUGUGAAGCUCGUUGGUAUGGAUGGAUCAGUUGGUCUUCGGCGUCCUUCUCAAAGCACAUUUUCUCCAACACCAUCUGUCGAAUUAGUACACAUUAUAGACAAUAAUAAAAACCACAAUGGACAAGAAGAAGAAAAGGAAGGAGGAGAAGAAGAAGAUAGAGGUGUUAGUGGUAUUGGCGGACCAAUAUCAUUAUCGCCUAUUCCAUCUUCUUUAGGUGUAGAAGCCUGUAAAAUUCAUGGUACUGCUGUUGGUGGUUCAGGUAAUGAGCACUGUAGAAUUAAACGAGGAAUUGUGAGACAUCAUAGCUUUAAUGAAACUGGUGAUCGAGCACUGACUACUCUUGCAAGGCAACCAGCAUAUCCAUCGAUGCCGUUGCGAACAGAUGAUUGUCGAAUGACUGUAUUAAUGACGACGAAAAAAGAUGGUAAGGGAAAAUCUAAUAGUAACCACAUAGUUAGAUAUUCUUCCGUAGCUGAUGACAAGGAUCAUACUAAUCGUUCUGGUGUUACUGGAAGACGUGGACUUGUUAUAAGUCCUACUUAUGGUAUUUAUAAAAAAGAAAUAACUGCUGAUUUAAACUAUUCAACAAUAGCUACUGUUACUUAUACAAAUAGCUACGAUGAUAAUGAUAAUAAUGAGGAUGAUUGUCACGACGAAGAUGACAAUGAAGCAAUUAGUAGAUUCUAGUCUAACUAUAAGUCAUGAUAAUAAUAGUAAUAACAAUAAUAAUAAUUUAUUUUAAUUAUUUAAUUUUUAUAUCAUAUUAUUAUUAUUAUUAUUAUUAUUAUUAUUAUUAUUAUUAUUAUUAUUAUUAUUAUUAUUAUUAUUAUAGUAGUAUUAUAAGCUUUCACGAUAUAUAUUUAUAUAUAUAUAUACAUUAAUUCGGUUUUAUAUAAAAAAAAAAAACGUAAAAUUUAAACGAGUCUGUACAAAGUAAUACUUGCUCAAUGCUACAGAUAAUAAAUAUACAAUCUAAAUGACGUUGAUCUUCAGUCAUUUCUACUUUAUAUUUCUUUUUUACGAUUGUGAUAUUUUUGGCUAUACAAUUAUCAAAUGAAACAAAACAUAUACAACAAACUAUUAAUGAUGAAAAUAAUGUUUUAUUAUUGUUUAAAUAAAUUAUGUCUUUUUUUUUCUUGACAUUACAAGCUUUUUUGUGAUUAUUGUUCAUAUACAUAUAUAGAUAAUUACUUUUAAAAUCUCUCGAUAGUUGUAUAUAUUUAAUAUAUUUCAAUAAUCGACGCAAUAUACAGCAUUUAUAUAUACCUAUAUAUAAUAAUAAUGAAUAAAUCAAUAUAAAUAUCAUAAUAUUAUCAAUUAUUAUUAUUAAUAAUAUGUGUACUAACAACUCAAGUGCAAUCAGAGUGUGUAUAAUCAACAAGUUACGGUAUUUUGAUAAAGUAAAUACAUACACACACACAUGGUUGUAACGGCGGGAACACAUUAUCAUUUAUUUUUAAAUAUUCAAAGCAACUGAUAUAUCUCGGGGGUAUAGUGAGAUUAAAUAAUAUAUAUAAUGAUAAGAACAUAUAUAAUUAUUCAAUAAUAAAAAAUCUGCUGAGACCAAACAAUUAUUAUUCUAACAAAAUAAAAGAAAAAAAAAAAAUUGUAUGCUAUUUCUUACCAUACUACUUGAUUAAAUAAUAAUGUAUUAUUUAUAUGUUUAUAAUUAAUGAUAAAAUUUAAUUUAAAAAAAUUAAGACAUCUGUGACCUGCGCCAGUAUUAUUAUUAGAGUAUAAGUAAGUUGUAUAUUAAUAUAUUAUACUAUAUAUACGCUAAAACAAUCGAAAAUGACUAUUAAUAAUUUAAUAAUACUCAUAAUUUAUUAUUUAAUAAUAAUUCUAUCAUACUAAAGAUAAACAUGUGCAAUCAAAAAUGAUAAUUAUAUAAUUACAAAAAAAAAAAAAAAACAAAAUCAGAACACGAAUCAGAAAUCAAAAGACGAUUAAUAUUCUAAAACAAUAUUGAAUUUAUGUAAAAUUAAUUUGUACAGGAAUAACAUAAUAGGGCAUUAUAUAAAGUAAUUCGCUUAAUAAUAUACAUGCUGAAAAAAAUUUUAUUUAAAGCAUUAUAAAUUAUACAAUUUAUUUAAGUAUAAAAUUUAUACAAAAAACAUUUGUAUUUUUACGUAUUCAACUCAAAAAUUUUGUAACUAUAGAGAAUUACAAUUAUUCAUCAUUGUUUUAUAUAAAAAAAACUUGAGAACAUAUAAGUUUUGUAAUUAUAUAUGUAUAGUUAUUUAAAAAUUUUAAAUGUACUUUGUAUUACAUAAAAAAAAAUUAUGCCCAACAAAACUGUACGAUAUCGAUAAAUGAACAUUUCUUUUUUUAAACAUUAAUCGAUUAAAAAAAAAUAAUCAUUUCCAUUAAUUACUGAUCCGUUUAUAUAAUGCGAAUGAUAAAAAUUAUUUAUUUAAAAACGGUGGUUAAGAUGGUUAACUCGAAUUAUAGACAAAUUUUUGAGUAAUUUAAUUUUUAAAAAUAUCUAAGUAUCAAAAAAUGAUAUAAAUUCAGUGAACGCGAAAGAAAGAAAUUUAUCAAAAAAUAAUACGUAUGUUUAUUUGUACAUUAACUAUGGAUUAUUUAAUUAAAAUGACUUUAGUGAUAGCAUUUACUCAUUUAAUGAUUCAUUAUUAGCAAAAUUAUGAUAUAAAUAAUUUUGUAUUUUGUGAAUUGCGUGUGCCAACAAAAAUAUUUAUAAAUAAAAUUCACAACAACUGUUGCUCAAACAACAACAACAACAACAACUUAUCAGCAGUCGUUUAUAAUUACGGGAUGAAAUUACCACGUCCGAAUCAUUAAAUUAACUUUGCAGUUGAUGUUACUAGUAUAUGAUGAUGAUAAGCUUAGAAAUAAAAUAAACAAAAACAUUUAGCAAUUUACACGAUAACAAUAAAAAUCUGUAAUUAUCGUGUGAGCAUUGUAAAUUUAUGCAAAUCAAAAUUACAUAAUUGAUUGAUAAGUUUUAAUUACAUUUUACUUAUGUAUAAUUAUUAUUUAAAUAAAUAAAAUUACU